AUGGAGCGGCGAGAGAGAGAGAGAAAGGAACGACAAACUGUCACAAUACCAAAAGUCCAGCAUUCACCGCGUCGCGACAACGAUGAGGAAAGGCGGCAAAGGAAAAGGCGUUGGGAAGAACACAAUGAUGAGCAGGAGUUUCAACAGACACUUGUUGAAGAACGACCUAGGCCAUUGAAGGAGGCUGUUGCAGCUACUCAUGUGACACCAUUGCCAAUAACUAAACCUGUAGAGCCAACGCGUCCUAAUGAUCAGCCUCAUACGUUGCGUCAGCGUGUCGAAAAACUCAUCAGUGUUCAGGAGAGCGAGGCUAUUAAUAUGUCCGACAAAGAACUUAGAAAUUUGAUAGCACGAAUGUGUGACCUCAGUAAGGAACAGCAACGAUUACAGCGUGGUCGACAAACUCAGUAUGAUACACUGCGAGAAAUAUAUAUGGAGGUGAAGGAUGAUAUUGAGAAACUAUACAUUCGCGUUCCGGUGCAUUUGAGAAUGGAUCUUCCGCUUCCACCCCAAACUUUGCAUCCUUCUGCUUCAUCGUCUAGUGGUUCAUUACAAAUGAACGGAGGAACGACUGCUUUUCAACUGGAGCAACGUUUCCGAUUACCAAGUCUUUUCGACCCACCCCAGGUGGUCACGAAUGCAAACAUACGGUUGAAUCCUGGUAAUGAUCCUGAAGUCAAUGUGCGGAGUGAAGAAAGGUACGGCGGCGGUCGAAUGGGAUUCGGUGAAGUCGGAAAUGUUUCUAGCGAUUCGCAGAGAGUAUUGGGUGGUAAGAAUGGGGCAGUUUACAGUGGCGGAUUGAAUGAGCACGGAAUGUUCGAAGAUAUAAGUCGAGUUGGAGUGGGGAGUGGUGGUACAUUGCUAAGGAACGAUGGUGGGUCGAAUUCAACUGCUGCAGCCGAUCGUGUACCUCACACAGGUUCAAGUUCGGAGCAGGCAGUACAUUCUAUCAACAGUAAGAAACCGCUGUUUCCUGGCCUGAACGGUCCUGCGCAUUUAGAUCAGUCUGUUUCAAUGAUUCCUUCAACGAGCGCAUGCGAUCUCAGUCUUAAGCCACUAUUUAGCAGGUUAAACUUCGGUGAUGGUAGUUCCAGAUUUUCGGGAAGCGGACUUUCUCAUGAAUUAUUUCCGAAAAUCAGUAAUGAUCUGCCACCUCAGAUGGGUAGCUUUACUGACGGCCCAGCACCACCAAUAAGCUUUGGUAAUACAGCCAGUCCGAGUCAAGCAUUUCAUUCCAUCGGACGACAAAUUUACGACACUCCUGACAAAUCAGCAACCUCAGCAUAUGCUGUGGUGCAAACAAAUGCUUUAAACAAACUAGAAGCUGGAGAGAAUGAUAGUGGCGUACGAGCAGUAAGUCAGCACUGCUUUAUGCAUUCGGGAUCACAAGGCCCGACUAGUUUCACCCAUUCGAAUAAGCCUGCUUCUCCAAUGCCUGAUUUCCCCUCAAAUGUUUCAUUGAGGGCAGUGCCAAAUUCAGUGGAUACCGACAAUACUGUUUGUAGCACAUAUCAUGAAAGUCUUAUUCGUUUGAAAUCGAGCGAGAUUCAAAAUAGUGCGCAAGUACCUCUUCCAAAUCUCUCCGAACCGCCUCCACCUUUUGGCACAGCUUCUAUAAAUAGUCCAGCUGUAUUACCGAGCAAAUUAUCGAGUACGGUUCUUUUGAAUACCAUGCAAAGUUCGAAUAUCGUGCCACCGCAGAAAGUACCAGCAUCAACUGGUUCUGCUCCGGCGUAUCCUUCGGAGCUUGCAGUUGGUACCAUUCAACCACUUUCUUCAACCUCCACCAGUAACGCUCUAAAUGCUUUACCUGGAAACAACACUGCUCCACAGAACUUACAACCACAGCCUGGGAAUGCCGUUGCCACCGCACAGCCAUUAAUGCCAUUACAUUCCGGAUCAUCUACCGUUAGCGUCCCACCUCCUGAUUUUUCAAUUCCUCCACCAUUAGCACCAUCAUUGACUGCGAGAACAAAUGUUUGCACAUCUUCCAACACUACUAAUUUAUUAAGUCAUACCGAACCAACGAGUUCUGCUGAUUCAAGGACAGGACCUUCUUCAAACCUAACUCUCCAGAGAAGUUUGUCACAUAUGAAAGGAGGAUUAUUGACAAACAGUACUGUACUGAGCGGUUUACCCUCAAUGAAUGUUCCUCCACCUUCUUUCUCGUUGCCACCUCCUCGAGCACCAACUGUUGGCCCUGCAUUUCCCACCCCUCCGCCGAUGGCUGCUAGUGGAAUAACUUCGGGACUGAGACCUGCUAAUUUGGUAUCUUCCAUGGCUGUUCCACCGCCAAAUCUCAUAUCAGGACCAGUAGGUUUAAACUGUCCGCCACCUGAUAUGUCUCAACCUCCGCCUAACAUCCGUAGUGCGUUGGGAGUGAAUAAUCCAGAAAGUGCUCAGCAAAUGGUCAAUGUAGUAGUUGGUCAAUCUACCGUGAGUGGCCAGACAUCUGUAGAAGUUGUCACGGAAUUAAUCACAAAUGCUUACAAUAGAGCUGGAGGCGUUAGGCUUCAUAACGAUCCAUCAUUAAAGCAGCGAAUGUCGAUGACUACAGAGAACACCGUCUUGAUUAAUAAAAUGAGGGCUCCUGCACCCGCUGGACCACCAAGGCCACUUUCUUCGGUAGGCAAGUUGCCACCACCGCUGAUGCUUUCACCUGGAACUUGCGGUGGUCCAACUUCCAGAAUUUCUAGUUUUAACAAACGGAAAACUUCACAAAUUCGAUCGUCGACAACUCGUCCGCAGCAGCGUCAAAAACGACAAAUCAGCGAUAUGGUAGCCAUCAUUCCAGAUGAACAUGACCAUCCCAGUUCACGCGAAGAGCCAGAUGACAAUAUUUUUCUGAUAGUGUCUGAUGAAGAGGAUGGCAACAAGUAGUGAUAUAAUUGGAAGCCAUCACUUGUACAUCAGUAUUACUCACACAGAUAUUGCGCUUCGCACGGUGUGGAAGUGGCAACGGU